AUGUCCUAUUACUUUGCAAAGGUAUAAAUGCCAUAACCAAACAUAAAUUAACCUCAAUAAUAACGAUAGAUCCCUCAUUCCUUUAUUAAUUAAGUUAUUUUCAAUAUAUAUUCCAAUAGUUUUAUCCUUAGCAGUAAAAUCAAUAAUAAACAGUUUAAGAAUAACCUAUACAUACAUAAUAUCCACAAUCCCAUCUUUAUCAGUAACUAUAAUAAUCAUCUAUCAAUUAAAUAGUUCAACCUAUUUAACUUCAAUAAUCUAUACACGGCUAUUCAUAAAUCAAUUAUUAAAAAGUAAAUACUUAUUCAAAAAGUCCAGCUCGUUCUUCUUACAAUUAUUAAUUAUAAUCGCAAUCUUAGUAAUAAUAUUCUUAUUCUUAAAUGAUUGAUUAGCAGCAAUUUUAAUAAAUAGUCUAUUAAAAUUAAAUUCCAUAGUUAUUUGAUUAAUCAUUAUAUGAAUAUUAAUAGAAAAUCAAUUAAUCAUAAUCAAAGUAGAAUUCAAAUUUUUCAUAAUAACCUUAAUCAAUUUCAUAAAAUGACUCAAUUUAAGAUAAUUAAAUUUAAAAGGUUAUUGAUGAUUAAGUUAAGAAACUGGAAAAUCAAAAAUAAUAAUUAUAAGAAAUUCAAUUUAAUUAUAAAAAUGGAUAUACUUAUAAAGGCUAAGGAUAUUAAACAGGUAUAAAAGAGGGAUUUGGAGUUUUAAAAGAUUAAAAUGAUUAAGAAAUAUACAGAGGAUAAUGGAAAAAUGAUUAAUACGAUGGUAAAGGCAAACUAAUCAAUUUGUAAUAAGAAAAGAUUCAAGGACCAUUCGAUUAUCUAAAUAUGAACGAAAUUAAUAAUGGUUGGUAAUGGUAUGAAGGUAAAGAUAUACUUUAUUUAAAGGCGAUUUUUUUUAAGGCAAAAGGAAUGGAAAAGGCAUCCUUUUAUUAACUAAUGAUGAAAAAUUCUAAGGAAAAUUUAAUAAUGAUAUUACUCAUGGUAAAGGAACCUAUUCGACCAAUGAUGAAUAUGAAAUUAAAGGAUUUUGGAAAAAUGGCAUAUUAAAUAACUAUAUUUGA